GCCCACUGAGAGAAGUAGCCGGCUUGAAGGACUUUCUAACCACGCCGCCUCAUUCCCGGUGUCUGCAAGUUGUCGUGUGCGAUUCUUUUCCUUGGACUUUUACACGGACAUUUUGUUGAACCUCCACACUUUCCGUCCGUUUGAAAGAGACGGGAGACCAUGUAUAUUUUGGAAAGAGGCAUGGAGUGCUUACCACAAGUCUUGUCCUACUUGGAUGAUGAGUUCUGCCAAAGUUGGAAGGAUCUCCAUUCGCAUCCCGCGCCCCCCGUGAAGGCAGACUUCUCUAAAGGUGAUCAGCUGAGCUUCGUCUCAGACAUGCUCCUGGAGGACCACGACAUGCAGCUCAACUGGAACUGCGCCCUCUUCCGCUCGGACGAUGAUGAUGAUGACGGCGGGGGCGGCGGCGGCGGGGGGCAUCCCGAUUGCCCCAUUAUGGAGAGCGGCGAGGAUGGCCUGUGGCGAUGCAUGCCGUCUGACAAAAGCCUGGAGGAAAUGUUGUCGGACAUGGACACGAGCAUCUUUGAGGGGCUGGUCGGCUCCCCGCUGGACUGCCACAACCUGAUGGAGAGCCAGGAGACGGGGGAGGCCACGUCUGACUACUGUUCCAAUGGCGAUGCGUCCGCAUACACGUCCAGCGACUCUGAGGAAGAGAUCGACGUGGUGACGGUGGGACGCUGCCCCUCCAGACAGCAGCAAGAAGAAGAAGAGGAGGAGCGACGGCUUCGUGCUCUCCAGCGCCGCCUCUACUUUGACAUCCAGCUGCAGCACAAUUACGCCGCACCCCCUCCGGCUUCCCCGCCGCCUCCCUCGUCCAACAGGCACUGCCGCCGCCAUUACGAGCAGCACCACUCGGCGGAAACGGAGGACGAGGAGGAGGAGCGGCGUCGGACUCACAACGUGAUGGAACGCCAGCGGCGCAACGAGCUCAAGAACUGUUUUGUGCGCCUUCGCGACAACGUACCCGAGUUGUCCCGCAACGAUAAGGCCUCCAAGGCGGUGAUCUUGAAGAAGGCCAGAGACUGCAUCCACGGUCUGGAGAACAACAGCUACCGGCUGCAGGCCAAGCGGGACAAACUGCGAGCCAAGCAGGAGGAGCUCAAAGCGCGACUGCGGCACCUGCGCUUGCCGGUUCGUUCCUGAAAAGAGACCUGGAGAGUUUUUAACUUUGCCGUAUGCCACGAGGACGCUUAAGAUGGACAAGAGACAUUUGAAUUCUUGUCGUUCAGGUCUUGAAAUGUUGGCGUAACUUGAAACAUUUUCCGUUCUAGCUACCCAACAUCGGACGUUUCUUUUCCUCCCGUCCAAAGGUUACUCCUAUUCCAAAAUUGGUUUCCUCUUCCUCAUCCAGAGGAAAAGUUCUCAUUGCGAGAAGAUUUCUAGUCCAGAAAGAGAGUUUCUCAUCCGAAGAGAGAGAAGUGUUCACCGUCCCAGAAGAGGGAAAAGUCUCAUCUCCAUUGAUGGAGAGGUUCCUUGUUCCAAGAGAGUUGAGUCCUAGUCCACAGGGGAAAGUUCUUAUUUAGACUAUUUAGGGCAAGUUUCUCAUCUCCAGAGAAAGUGUGAGAGAGAUGUGUUCAUUGAUUUUAAGACAGCCGAAUACUAGUGCAGAGGGGAGGUUCUUGAGCCCAAGGAGAGCAGUGUGCCCGUCUCCCUUUUGGGAGAAAUGUUUCUGGUCACCAGAUCAGGUUUCAGAUCCAGACAGAACAGUCUAGUCCGGGGAGGUUUCUAAACGAGAGCAUUCCUACCUCCCUCAGACUAGGGUGCGAGUCAAUUAAGUCAAAAGAGAGCAGUAGAAAAGGUGAGACGCGCUUUGGGGAAUAAUGGUGAAGGAAGGCUACAAUAGGGGGGGGGGGGGUGGCCAAAUAAGGAAUUGAUAUUCAAGAUCCAAAGACUUUUCCAGAUUAUAACUACUUUGAAAGUAGCAUAGCAUCUAUUAAAAAUGUCUUGUAGCCAUAGCAACCAGUGAUUUUUUUUUUUUAACCGUUUCAAGGCGUUCUGUUCUUUAUCAUUCACAUUUCGGGUUCAGGUGUGCUUCAAGCUCAAAGGGAGCCAUAAUGAAUCUGAUUCACACAGGGAGGCUCGCCGUGGUGACCAAGUUGAUGUUUUUACUGUUCAAAUGGAUUGUUUGUUCCCAAAGCAAAUGUGAUGUGGCAAUUAUCGGAGGACCACAGAUGGCUGUACUUUGUUAUUUAAAGAAGGCAUAUCGUGCGCUCUUCUGCAGUUGAAAGCAGGUCUGUAGUGUGUUAACAUACGAGUAGCAUGCAGACAGCACAAUUUACACCCAAUUUUGUUCUUGUGUCCAGCAGUCAUCCUCGUGUCUUAAUUUUCUUCAUGUGUUCGUCUUCUUGGAAUAAAUGUUUUAGAAGAUA